AGUGAUUUCAGGAGAAAGACCGUCGCAGUUUGUCUUCCACCCACCGGUGGCAGCACAAAACAGAAAGUCUCCUUCAGUGAGCGAGGAAGUAACCCUGCCUGAAUGUUUGCUUUUGCAUAUGAACUGUAGAAUCUGUCGAAACAAGGCAUUACAAAGGCGGAAAUGUCUUCUCCAAUUCAAGCAGACGAAGAUGAGGUGGAAGAAGUGGAGUUUGUAUCAGAGGGCCCUCUUAGACCAGUGUUGGAAUGUAUUGAUCUACUGAGUGAUAGUGAGGAUGAGGGAUGUUCAUCAAUGGCAGACACUAUGGAAGACGAAAUCGCCUGCCAAAAAAGGCAUGUCACAUCCACUCUGGACAAGCUAGCACUACAAGUGGCUCAGGAGAAAAAGGAGAAAGCAAAUAAAUGCAGAGCAUUCAAGGAGAAGCAGAUCUUACAAAGAGCUCAUGGAGAGCAGGAGCUGUCUGUUAGUUCUAUAAAUGGAGCUAGUCGGGAGGCAAAGCGCUGUGUGGACAUGUGGUUGAAGAUGCCAGGUACCAAACCUGGAGUUAUCACCACUGGUUUUGGAAUCAGACGCAGGUCUGCUCCUGUCCCCAGAGAGAGUGAAACAACACACACCUGUCCCGUGAUUAACUGUGGUCGAGUUUAUGACAACGGCGCCCUCCUGGGCGGGCACUUAAAGAGGUUUGAUCACUCCCCCUGUGACCCAACCAUCCAUCUCAAAGGAAGUCCAUCAGAGCUCUUUGCCUGCGCCGCCUGUGGUCAACAUUUUCAGACUAAAGAUGCAUGGAAGAGGCACAUGGAGUCUAAGUUAUCCUCAUCUAACCCCGGCAGUCACAGAAUCAACCAGACCUAUCAGCGCAUUCUGUGCUUUGCCUGUCCGGCCUGCUACCUCCUGUUCAGCCUCCGCGAUGAGUGCCUUCAGCACAUGGCAGCCAAGAACCACUUUACAGAGUCACUCCCCAUGAGUGAAACAAAAGGUAGAGCGGUGCCAGUACCCAUCCCGCAGCAUGUGAAGAACCGUCUCAUCGCUCUGUGCAAGGACACAGCAUUUAACGUCCGAUGCUCUCGAUGUUUUAAAGUGCUGGCCUCUCAUCAGGUGGCUCAAGCUCACUUUAAUGUGAACUGCAGACAGGGCUGUGCAGUGGCCAAGGCCGAUAAAACCAUCGCUCAGGUAAUGAAACAGCUGCAAGUACAAGGGCAGUGCUCACUAUGCUCCAAAAUCUUCCUCAACCAAGCUGAAAUGGAACAACACAAAGAGUCAACCCAACAUGACGUGGAGGUCAACCACACAAUGGAGAAAGCAGUCCUACAACACUUCAGGUUUAUUGAAAUUCAACACACACAGAGAGCUGAAGACUCCCGGGAGACACCACAGUCCUCUGGCCCCGAAACACCUUUUCAGAAAAGAAACAGGAAGAGGAUGUUCUGCGAAGAAUCACCGUCCAAACGGCAGAAACUUACCCCGAUGAUGAAUGGCAGCACUGUGACAGCAUGGUGCUGUGAGUGUGGCCUACAGUUCCUAGAGGAGGCUUCAGCCACUAAACAUCUCUUGGCUGUGAACCAGAUUUUCCAUCAGUGUGGAGUGUGUGGUAAACGCAUGGGAGAGUCUUCAAUAACCCGUCUGCACAUGAGUCGCUUUCACGGUGGGGCUCAUCUCUCCAACUUCCUCUUCUACUGCCGCAAGUGCAAAGUGGAAAUGCCUCGGUAUCAAGACAUCUUGUCCCAUGUGUCAGAAGCUCACAGCGGUCACACCUACUACACUGAACAGGAUGUCCCAGAGGAGCUCGCUGCUGCCAUGGAUGCCAAGCCGUCCACAAGCAGCAAAGUCACCUUGCAUUCAGCCUCCACAGUUGAGCACAACACUGUAGAGGCGUCUUCUUCAAGAGCAGAGCAGACCUGGAUGUGCAGGAUGUGCGAGGACACCUUUGACUCGGAGGCGGAUGUCCACAAACACUGCAGUGACAUGAACAGUCACAGCUAUCAGAGAUUCAUCUGCGGACACUGCCCACAGAAGUUCUUCAAGGAGUCCACCGUGCGCAGACAUUGCAUGAACGAGCACGGCGGGGAGCUGAAGAGUUUCCACUUCUGCGGUCUCUGUGACAGCAUGCAGUUUGAUUCUGAGGGCGAAUUCCUGCAGCACUACAAGAGUCUUCACAGUCAGGACUACCACUGUAUGAGUGAUGCUGAAGAUGUUCAGCCUGCUGCUGAAGAUGUUCAGCCUGCUGCUGCUGCUGAAAGCACCAGUAACCUAACGUGUCCAUGCAUGGGAUCAGAGAUAAGCAAAGAGGCGAGGAAAGCUACAUACACACAGUGCAUGAGGAAUCUGUCUGCAGAGGGAAGAUGCCGGUUUGUGUGUGAACCCUGUGACGUGUCUGUGCCUUCCUACGCACAGAUGAAAACUCACAUUCACACACGACACCCAGCUUUGCAUCUGGACAACACCUUCGAUAUACAAUGCCUAACUUGCCAUGUGACAUUUAUGGACGUACCGAAUUUCCAUAAACACUAUCACUCCAAACACUGUACACUGGAACCCUGCAGGACCACAUCCAGUACCUGCAGCAAAGACACUAAAGCAAAGCCAACCGCUGUACAAAUCUGCAACGCUGUGAAGAUCAAACCAAACAACACCGGGAUUAAGGAUGUGGAAGUAGAAGUACAGGAGAAUAUCAUAAACUUGGAUCAGGCCAACGAGGAGACGGAGAGGCAUGAAAGUGAUUCUGAGGAAGAGAUGAACCAUUCACCAUCUGUGAGUACAGAAGCAAGAGAGUCUGCAGAGCUGGAAGAAGCUCUCAAAAGAAGUCUCCUGGAGUUUUAAAUCCAUGAGAAAGUCAUUUUGUGUUUUGUUCCUCCAACAAUGUAAAGGGAUAUUUUGUACCAGGUAUCUGUGUUCAGACUAUUAUAAAUAAAUAUCAGUUGCUAUUAA